AUUUGAAUCACUUCCCAUGGAAAGUUGAGAACUUUCUAUAGAAGCUUUUUUGUAGAAAGUGGUGGUUUCUAAGAAAUCUAAUACGCUCUAAUGUGUGUUGCUUCUUGCGAAUAAGCACCAUGGGUUCUCCCUCUUUUCGUCAGUUGUAUCAGAAUGGCGGCGAUAUGGCGCAGCUCAGGACUCCCUGCUUAUAAUGCAGGUCAGUGGCGACGUUUGUAACUACUACCAACCAACAUGGCUCCCAUUCCCACUGCAAUCAUUGGACUGUCGGCGAAUUCAGCCUCGUCGUGGGGUGCCUCUGCGCACCUGCCGUACCUGCUCUCUGCACAUGGACGCGCGCGCUACACCAUCGUCGCUCUGCUCAACUCGUCUAAAGAAUCUUCCCUCGCUGCUGUCAAGCAUUUCAAUCUCCCCGCCGAGACGCGCGCGUAUGGCUCGCCCGAGGAACUGGCGGCGGACAAGGACGUCCGGCUCGUCGUGUGCAGCACGCGUGUCGACAAGCAUUACGGGACCGUUCUCGCGUCUGCGAAGGCUGGGAAGGACGUAUAUGUCGAGUGGCCUCUAGCGCAGGAUACGAAGCAUGCGAAGGAGCUGGCCGACGUCGCGCGGCACGGUGGUGGGCGGACGCUGGUGGGGCUCCAAGGCCGUGUCAGCCCCCUGACGUUGCGGCUUAAGAAGCUGAUCGAGGAUGGGCGGAUCGGGAAGGUCCUGAGCACGGAGGUGCGUGGCUCGGGCGGGACCAAUUCACGCGAUUCUGUGCCCAAAGGGCUCGAGUACUUCGUCAAGCGCUCGGUCGGCGGGAACAUCGUCACUAUCCACGGAGGCCACGCGUUCGACCUGAUCCAGACCGUCCUGGGCGAGGCCAUCGAUAUCAAGUCGCAGCUGCAGCUGCAGCGUCCGAUCAACAACGUGCGUGACCCCGCGACCGACACCGUCAUCGACACCGUCAAAGCCGACGUCCCGGACCUGUACAUCGUCACCGCGCGCCUGGCGGAGUCGCCGACCGUCGUGCGCGACGCGUCCCUGCUGUUCCGCUUCCGCCGCGGCGCGCAGUUCUCGGGCGAGCCCGCGCUCGUGUGGAGCAUCACGGGCGAGAAGGGCGAGAUACGCGUGACGAAUCAGGCGUCGUCUUCGCUGCAUGUCCCGCCUGCGGGCAUUGUGGUCGAGGUGCAUGACUUCGAGACAGACAAAGUCGAAAAGGUCGACUGGGAGCUUCAGGAGUCCUGGCCUGGGGACGCAAAGGCUCCGGCGCCGUCCAAAAACGUCGGUCUGUUAUAUGACAGCUUUGCCGCCGGAGGUAAAUACCCGACUUGGGAUGAUGCUGUGCACCGGCAUGAGCAGAUCGAUCGGUUCUUGUCUGGAUGGGCUCCCGAGGCUUGACGUCGAUAAACAGUGCCUAAUAACUGAAUGUAACAGAAUUGCAUGUAUCUUCAAUGCAGAGAAAUUCCGCAUAAACCUACCACGCGGAAUCAAGUAAG